AUGCCAACUUCUUGGUCGGAUUCAACUGACAAGGCCCCUACUGGAAACGGCUCUGGGGCAAAUUUCCGUGCUUCUCGAACUUCAACGUACGUCCCUCCCCAUCUCAGGAAUAAUCCUCCCGCAGCAGACCCCCCAUCAGGUCCAGUUUCCUAUGCUGGCAGUGUUUUUCAUCCUGUGGGGGCUAGAAAAGAUAGAAAUGGAGGUGUUGGUGGUGUGGGCCAUGGUGGCUGGAAUAACAGAGGUGGAAGUUGGGAUCGUGAGAGGGAAAGAGAAGCUAAUCCUUUUCUAGAGGAUGCCGAUACAGAACCAGCGUUUGGGGAGCAGGAAAACACAGGGAUCAAUUUCGACGCAUACGAGGAUAUUCCGGUGGAGACAAGCGGGAUGGAUGUUCCCCUACCGGUGAAUACAUUUGCGGAUAUCGAUCUGGGUGAAGCUCUUAAUCUAAACAUUAGGAGGUGCAAGUAUGUGAAGCCGACCCCCGUGCAGAGGUAUGCCAUACCGAUAGCACUUUCUGGGCGGGACUUGAUGGCCUGUGCCCAGACUGGUUCUGGAAAGACUGCUGCAUUUUGUUUCCCGAUAAUUAGUGGAAUCAUGAAAAGCAGUCAAUCUGGUCCGAGACCACCGCGCAUGCCGCGGACAGCUCUUCCGUUUGCUCUUAUUCUUUCUCCCACACGGGAGCUUUCAAUGCAAAUCCAUGAAGAAGCGAGGAAGUUUGCGUAUCAAACUGGUGUCAAGGUGGUUGUUGCUUAUGGUGGUGCUCCUAUCAAUAUGCAGCUUCGAGAACUUGAAAGAGGCGUGGACAUACUUGUUGCAACUCCUGGACGGUUAGUUGAUUUGUUGGAAAGAGCCAGAGUCUCGUUGCAAAUGAUCAGGUAUUUAGCCCUAGAUGAGGCAGAUAGAAUGUUAGACAUGGGUUUCGAGCCCCAAAUAAGGAGAAUUGUGCAACAGAUGGACAUGCCUCCGGCUGGUGUACGGCAGACAUUGCUAUUCAGUGCCACAUUUCCAAAGGAGAUUCAGAGGCUGGCUGCAGAUUUUCUAUCAAAUUAUGUGUUUCUGGCUGUUGGAAGGGUUGGAUCUAGCACCGACUUGAUUGUCCAAAGGGUUGAAUACGUGCUUGAGACUGACAAAAGAAGUCACCUGAUGGACCUUCUACAUGCACAGAAAUCAAAUGGUGUUCAGGCCAAACAAGCUCUUACGCUUGUUUUUGUUGAGACAAAGAAGGGAGCUGAUUCACUUGAACACUGGCUUUGCAUCAAUGGGUUUCCUGCGACUUCCAUUCAUGGUGACAGGACACAACAGGAGAGAGUGUACGCUCUGAGAUCCUUCAAAACUGGGAAGACCCCAAUCCUGGUUGCGACUGAUGUGGCGGCACGUGGGCUCGACAUCCCUCACGUGGGCCAUGUCGUCAACUUUGACCUCCCGAACGAUAUCGACGAUUACGUGCACCGGAUCGGGCGAACAGGCCGCGCGGGCAAAACUGGCCUAGCCACUGCCUUCUUCAAUGAUAACAAUUUCUCUUUGGCCAGGCCACUGGCUGACCUGAUGCAAGAGGCCAACCAGGAGGUCCCCGCCUGGCUCUCCCGCUUUGCUGCUCGGUCGACUUUCGGCCGACGUGGGGGAAGAUUUGGCGGCAGAGACUUCCGCUCGUUCAACACCAACAGUGGCCCGGGUGGAGGUUAUGCUUCUCCGGUGACUAGUUCGUGGGACUAA